AUGCCCUGUUUCCCCCAUCCGACAAAGUUGGUGCUCACACUUCACAGCGCAUCGCUUCUUCCUGGUCCAGCCAUGCGCAACGUCCAUGCAGUAGUCACCAGCGGCGACAAGACCUUCCAAAGCAACUCCUUUCAUCCCAAAACCACGAGCCCCAUCUGGGAACAAGCUGCAUUUGCGUUCAACGUCCGUGCAAAGACACACUUGUGCAUUCAUGUCCGAGUUGUGGGCACCAAGAAUCUUCGCAAGCGUGGCCUAGGCCACUUUUAUCUCAAUUUCUCGAACCGUCGCCUUUCAAAACAAGGCACACUCGCCCUCACGUGCCCGCUCGUCGGCGGCUGCGGUGGUAUCGUGAAUAUGUCGAUCCAGAUAUUGUACGAAGCCCAUCCAAUACGUGACUGGGCAAUACGCGAAGUAACGAAAGACAUUUCAACGAGGCGACCCUGCCACUCGCUACUACAAUGCGUGGCAAAGGGGUCGAUUCGGGAAGAUAUAUUCAAGAACGCCUGUGGAGCUUGCUUCUUGGCCCUUGUCUUGGCGCACAACGAGCGUGAUGACUCGUUCACGGCCAAAGAACUCGUACGACCAGCUUCCCCUUGCGAUCCAUCCCCAAUGUCCACCCUUGCCUCCGAUAGCACAGAAGACGAUAACCCCCAUCAGCGUCCAUCACCAAGAUCUACCGGUAGCAGUUCGAGCCCCCUCAUAGACGACAGUAGCGACUCUCCGUCAUGCCCGACGAUUCAAGCGUGGAUGCAAGCCGUGUAUCCACAAGUGAACUCUGCCUCGAGCGACCAAUACAACAACCUCGUCACAUCAUUUUCGAUGUGUUAUCAACUCGUGCGGCAGCAGCUGCCUGUGCUUGUCGUCGUGCUACAAGUGUGCCUCCUUGUGAAUUUAGUCCAAUUCAAUCGUAUCUGUCAAUGAACUAAUCGUCUACCGG